AUGCCCGAAGACUUAAGAAGUUUGCUUAAGAAGGAGAAGCGCCUUCUGAACAGUUUAGUGCUGGUGGAGAAGUUCGUGCAAGACUUUGACGAAGAACGAGACAAAAAAGAAGUUGAAGUUCGUUUGCAGCUGUUGGAAAAUUGUGUGUCUGAGUUUUUUGUGGUGCGUGAUAAAGUGGAGGUGUUGCUGGAUGAAGCUGCUGAUGAGGCAACCGCCAAUCCAGAUGAACCGGAGAAAGCUCGCAAAGUAAGGCUGGAGAGUGAAUCGAGGAAGCGAGAAGAAGACAAUUUAGCCAUCGCUACGGACGUGGAGAACCGCUUCUGCAAGGCUAAGGCCGCGUUGGUGGAUCGGCGUGUUAGAAAACCGCCAGGGAAUUCUUCGUCAGUCGUGGCUACCGGAACAAGCAUUUCUAGGGUGAAACUUCCGGAGAUAAAGCUCCCAACGUUCGACGGCAGGCUACGAGACUGGGUGUCAUAUCGCGAUGCAUUCAGAAGCCUCAUUCACGAGAACCGAGAUCUCACCGACAUGGACAGGUUCACAUACCUUCGAUCGUCGCUAACUGGCGAUGCUCUUCAAGAGAUAAGCUCCGUCGAACUUUCUGCUGCCAAUUACCCGGUGGCGUGGACUGCACUUGAAGACCGCUACCACAACCAGAAGCUCAUCGUCAAGGCAUACCUGGAUGCCAUCUUCAGAAUUGAGCCGAUGCGGAAGGAAAGUUUCGAAGCGCUGAGCCAGCUUAUCAGCGACUUCGAGAAAAACCUUCAGAUGCUGCAGAAAAUGGGGCAGAACACCGACGGCUGGAGCACGAUUCUAGUGCACAUGGUUUGCUCAAGGUUGGAUGGAGUCACGCUGCGAUUUUGGGAAUCGUCGCACAACUCCAAGGAAGUGCCUGCCUACCGGAACUUGAUAAACUUCCUGAAGAAUCAUUGUGCGGUUCUUCAAUCAGUUGGAUCGAGUCAUUCAGUCUCCGUCGAUUUGAAGAAGCCGAAGCUAAGCGUCAGCCAUUCCUCAACGUCCAUUGCGGUUCAUGAAGCUGAAGAUCUCGGAGCAGUACGAUGCAGCGCGAAGAAACGGCCUGUGUAUAAACUGCUUAUCAUCAGGUCAUUUUGCCCGGAACUGCAGCAAAGAGAUGAACAGUACCAUCAAUCCGUUCCACAGACGACGAAGAGACCCCCAAGUGAACACCACCAACAGACACAGCAUACGCAAUCGGAACCACCAACACACCAGAAAGCACCAACCACAAACCACACCGAAUCUUCCACUUCAUUGCCAGUUGUCAAUACACAAUCGCAUAGCACCAACCCACAGUUCGCCACAGACUAUCCAAACACACUGCAACACACCACAGCCCUACCAACACAAACCAAGACCUCCACACGUCAAGUUCUUCUCUCCACUGCCAUUGUGCGGAUUUGCGAUGCCAACGGAAGCUCGAUGCUUGCCAGAGCACUACUCGAUUCCUGCUCGCAGUAUUGUUUUAUUUCGUCCGAGUUUUGUCGACGCAUGAAGCUUGCAGAGUUCCCGAAUUAUCUACCGGUGAAGGGCAUCGGUAAUACCGGGAGCGUGUCGAAGAAAGCUGUUAGCGGAACAAUCAGCCCACGUUUCGAUAGCAUUUCGGAGUUCGAGGAAGUUAUGCGGUUCAACGUCUUGCCGAAGCUGACAAUUCCACUCCCAUGUGAAGGGUUCGAAACUUGCCAGUGGAAUCUCCCGGAGAGCAUCGUAUUAGCUGAUCCUGAGUUCUACCACACAUCGGACAUCGAUAUGAUAAUCGGUGCCGAGUAUUACCUCGACCUGCUGCAGGAAGGAAGGUUCAGGCUCAGCGAGAACGGCCCAACAUUCCAAAAUACCGUUUUCGGUUGGGUUGUAUCCGGACGUAUUCCUAGUAGCUCGAUCUCCGUACCCGCCACAUCCACCGCGUUGUGUUCCAUGUCCGAUCUUCAAGAACAGCUCACUCGUUUCUGGGAUCUCGAGAGCUGUCAUCUAGCGAGUACCUAUUCCGUGGAAGAGUCCACAUGUGAGGAGUUGUUCAAGAAAACCACUACACGCGACGUAGAUGGUCGUUUCAUCGUGAACCUGCCUAGGAAGGACCACGUAAUCGGUCAGCUAGGUAGCUCCAGAGCUGUGGCGGAACGGCGGUUCCUUAGUCUGGAGAGAAGGCUAUCGAACAGCCUCAGCUGA